CUUCCUCGGUGUGUGCGGUGUGUAUUUGAUAUUUAUGUGUGGGGUUAUAUCGUUUUAUUUCUCGUUGCAAAGAAGCAUUGAGUAAUGUUGUUGCUGAUAGAAAACAGUUGAACUGCGCAGAGAGUUCAGCUCAGUCGAAGCAAGAGCAAGGGAGAGGGCAGAAAGCGGAGAGAUCGCUCCAGGUUUUAUUAUGCUCGAUUUGAUCAGUAUUUGUCAAUCUAACCGGUCGGACUCAUGGUGAAGAGAAAGAAGACGUCACCUACUACCGAAGAGCACGAAAAUGGCAUGACACCGGGCUCCAGGGAGGGGAUCGGUGUCGAUGGGAGGAGGAAUCCGUCCAGAAAGCCCGAAGGUUGCGACGAAGAGGAGAGCGGAGAGCAGGCGAGCGAGGAGCGCAGUACAAAGGGAGACGGCGGAGUGGAAAUUCUUAAUCCAUCAGCCACGGGUCUCAGCCCCGGUUCAGCUCCGGUCCUCCCCGCCUCUCCGCCGAACCGAACCGGGCUGAGCUCGAACCAACAUCCCCAGACCUCAACGGAGCCCGCCCCUCCGUGUCACGACCAGCAUCAUUUUCUCCGAUCAAGCGUUCGACCUCCGAGUAAACGGAUCCGGAAAGAUUCAAUCGGCUCGACCAUCAAUGGACAUGGCGGGGCAAAAUCGAAAGGGGCAGAGAAUGGCUCUUCCUCACAGGGGACGGUGGGACAGUCGGGGCCUGUGGCUGGUUCUGCAGGAGGAGUGUCCAAGACCUCCAAGGGCCAAGGGUCUGCCGAGAAGGAGGAGCAAGCUGGUAACCAGAAGAGGGCCCGUCGGCAGUGGGAGUCUUGGAGCGCGGAGGACAAAAACAGCUUUUUUGAGGGGCUUUAUGAGCAUGGGAAGGAUUUUGAGGCUAUCCAGAACAACAUUGCGAUGAAGUACAAGAAAAGAGGCAAGCCAGCCAACAUGGUGAAGAACAAGGAGCAGGUCCGCCACUUUUACUACCGAACCUGGCACAAGAUCUCCAAACACAUCGACUUUGCCAAUGUGUACUCCAGAGUGCUCAAGAAAUCCUCUCAAGAGCUGUACGGUCUCAUCUGCUACGCCGAGCUGCGGAAAAAAGUUGGAGGAUUAAUGGAUGACAAGAACGUGGCAAAGCUCAACGAACUCAUCCAGCAAGGGGCCACCACCGUACGCUCCAAAGGGAGGAACUUGCGAAUCAAAGCGCCCAUGUGCCGUGCACUGAAAAAACUUUGUGACCCAGAUGGAGUGAGUGACGAGGAGGACCAGAAGCCGGUCCGUCUACCCUUGAAGGUGGCAGUGGAGCUCCAACCACGGAGUAACCACUCCUGGGCCCGCGUUCAGAGUCUAGCCCACAACCCUCGCCUCAGGAUGGUGGUGGAGCUCCACAGGAAAGUCUCCAGUCUCAUUGAGUACCUGAAGCAGAAGUGGGCGUACCAUGACCAGCGGAUUUUAAAGAGUCUCAUGGAGAGGGAGGCUCUGGAGGGCGGCCAGUCCAGCACAGCCUCUCCCAGCAAAUCCCAGCAGGAGGAGCUCUUUCUUUUCCCAGCUGAGAGCAGUACCUUGACUACGCUGCCGGGUGUGGCGCGUGUGGUUCACUCAAAGGCCUCCUGCACUGUACACUGGCUAGAGAGCGGCAAGAACCGACCCAACGCCAAGGAACUGCCAGCUGCCCAGAUUCUGGGUAUUCACACGGCUCCACCACCUCGGACUGGCACUAAAACUGGACGGGGAGGCACCACCACCAAUGCUGCUGCUGGUGCUGCCGGUGCUGGUGGUGCUUCAGUGAUUGUAUUGGGUGAUAGUCGACGAACUGAGCCCCUUAACCCUGAGCCUUUGCAAGACAGUUCUACAAAGCUAGAGGAGAAGAGACCUCCGUCUGUUUCUGCCCCUGCCUCCUCUCAGCAGACUGUGGCUCCUCGGGAUGAGGGGGCUGGGAUCGCACUCUCUGAUGGGGGCAAAACCUGUACUGGUGCGGAGGCCAGUGCUGGUUUAGGAGUGACCAAAAGCAUUGAGAAGUUAUGCAUAGGUAUAGAAAGUUCAUCGGAACAAUGCAAAGAGGAGCAGAACAGCAGCACCUCCUCCCCAGAGGCUAACCAGACUCCUCCAGCCAAACCUGCAGUGACUGGCUCAGAGGAGGGGAUGUCGCAGGGCUCUGCACCAGCAGCCAAAGAACGAGCUGUGGAGCAGAUCAGAGAGGAGGGCUGGAAUGCCCGGGACGCGGAGAACGUCACCCUGGCUGAGCUCUACCUGAUGUUUGGGAAGCCUGGAAAGCUGCAGCUGGAGUACGAGUGGCAGCCCAUCGCAGUUCCUUCCAUCAACCAAGAAAACGGACAAGCCUUAGCGCAACCGAAGCCCAACAGGACUCAGCGCGUUUUGCGUUGCCUGCUCAAACUGGUUGCCACCGAGGUCAAUCCUAAACCUUUGGCUCCAGAGCUGUGCUCCACAGCCACAUCACCGCUCAAGACCCAUCAGGAGGAGCAAAACCAGGCAGUCACACCUCCAGGGAAGGGUCCCGUACCAGGUGUUCGCAGCCCCAGCUGUGGCCGGCAGCAAGCCUCUGUCCGUGGGGCCAGGUUACACCUGCCAAACGCUGGAGCCUCGGGUGGACGCAACCUCCCUCGCUCUCUGCUGGGGUCGACUGCAGGCAGCGACUCAGAAGGCGGUGUGUUUGCGGUUCCCACCACGCUGCCUCCCAACAGUUCACGACACAACAGAAUGUUUUCCCCCAACAAGGAAGCCGAGCUCGCCUUGAGACAGCAGCUCGACUCUAUCAGUAUGCAGUCAGAUCUUUUCCUUUCUCGACAAAGAAAACCUCGAAACAGACAACUUCGGAAACCACUUGUAGUACAGCGAACACUCCUACCCCGAACUACAGGAGACACUCCUCAGCAUGUCUGCUCCUUCUCUAUCCUGUCCAACUCGUCUGCAACAGGAACUGGAUCCUUCCGGCCAAUUCAAACCCGCCUGGCUCCUUCCUCUCGCCCCCCCCUGUCCAAAACUUCCCCUGCAGCAGCCAGCUCUGCAGCAGCCAGCCAGCUCUCCAGUGCCAUUGACCAGGCAGCUAAAUCUGCAGGUAUCAUCCCUGGCAGUCCCUGUCGGGAGAUGAAUGCUCCCUCUGUUGACAACGGGACCCUGCUUGCAACCACACCCAUUGUUGAUGCUGAACCAGACUCUCAACUCCUCCAGCACAAUGUCCCAGAGAACGGCGUGCCUCCACCAUCUCCUGGAGCGACGGGUGGUGGGGACUCUCUCCUCUCUCCACCUAGUGUAGCCUCACUAUUGGACAUCUCACUCCCCGGCCCCCCAGAAGAGGCUCUUGCUCCCGGAGAACCUCAGACACAUAUCAGUGACUCCAUCAUCGAGCUCGCCAUCAACUCUGGCCAUUAUGGUGAGGAGGCCACGCUCUCUCCAGCCAAGCUGAGCAACAACGACGGCUCCAAACUGCUGGCCUCGUCACCGUCGGUCAGCCCAUCCAGAGGCUGGAUCCCAUCGCCCAGCCACGACCCCCAGUGGUACCCCAGCGACUCAUCUGACUCCACACUGGGAUGCCUCCUCUCCAGCAUGGUCUCUCCUGAUAAGGGCAGGCGGACCACCCUAACCCCCUCUGGCCCCUCCAGCGGCACAGCUUUGCUUGGUCCAAGUCUCCUGGACUGCAAUUCCCAUGAUUCCUUUCAGUCGCGUGGCCUUCCUGAUGUUGCAGAGAUGGACUCCCAGCUUGCUUGUAUGAUGAGUGAGAGCAGCGUGGACUACAUCGCUCGCUUCAAUGACCUGGCGCAGGAGCUGGCGGUGACCGAGCCCUCCAUCCCACCACCCUGAAGAGGAGAGUACCGGGCUCUACCGACCCACCUGCCGCCUGGAGGAGACGAGUUGCUGAGUGACUGGAGAAGUCUCUCUGUCGAGACUGCUGCCAAGCCGUCCCAACCACUUUGGAAAAAAGACGGCUGUGGAGAAAGUCCAACCCCCUAAAGCCAUCCCUGCCCUGUUUGUAGAAGUGCAAUAAUAAUGAUGAACCUUGGCCAUUGUUCAAGGCGAGUUUGAAACGAGUUGUUUAAGGUGAAAUGCCCUUUAAAAACACUUUAGAAAAAGAAAUGCGUUUACAAAACACAACCUCAUGUACAGGAAAAUACUAUGCCAUAUCUGAACACAAUAUUUUCACUGAUCUUUUAUGUCUCUUCCUGCUCUUUAUGUGUGUAUGUGUCUGUCUUCUACUCUCUCGGAUUGACCCCCAAUAUGUGUAAAUCCGCCAAAAUGUGCAGUUCAGAUCCCAGCUGGGGGCAAACAGCCGCCGGAAGGUGAUUUUAUUUUGAAAGUUGUGGCAGUGUGAAAGUGGCGAGACACUCGUCACAGUUCUUUCUAUUCAGUUGUUACUGUGGCCUCAGUUGCAGAAGAAGAGCACACAACACAGCAGGGCAAGUCGAAGUGAAAUCAUUCGACGCUGCCCUCCAUUUCACAUGCUCUUCUUGAUCCGUUCAGGUUUUAUCGGUUGCAUUUAAGGAACAUAGCCUGCCACGUGUGUUUGGAAUCAGGUUAGUCAUUUCUUACAGUCUGAUGCAAAAUGGCAGCUUUUGUUGGCUACAUUCGGUAGUAGCGCUGCAGUUUAUCUGCAGCUGCUACCCUUGAAUUUUGUGCUGAAAUCAUAUCGGAGUUAAGUAUCCAUUGCCAGUCGCUUCAUGCAAUUUUCUUUGACUUUUAAUGUACAGUAUGUUGAGAUUCAGUGGUCUUCAGGUUGGUUUGUUAAACAGGUCGAGAAGAAACGGCAGCAUUCUUUUUCCACACAAGUAUUUGUCUUUCACUUACUGUUUCUUUUUUUUUUUUUUACACCCAACAUAUUUUGAUGUAGUUUUAAAUAACCGUGUCGCAGUAGUCUUUUCUCUUAGCUACUGUAACAAAUAACUUUGCUUAUUCACAUUAGCUCUUUUGCUUGUCUGUUGCACUUCAAACAAAGGAGAGUCGAGCUGUUUUCAGUCCACGAGACAUCCGUGUCCCAUAAUGUGACCAACUACAUAUUGAUUUUCAUUGACAGAGGCUCCCAUUUCAAAUGUUAAAGCUUUCCCAGUAAUGUUACACUCCGUUUAAACUCCACAGAAGUGAGCAGACAGAAGUAUAUUAUGAUAUCAAACACUAAAGCCAUAGUUGACACUCCUUAUUUUAUGGGAUUUUUUAUAAGUGUAGUCAUUCUUUAAUCAGUAGUAAAACGUUCAGAUUGGUUGUGCUCAAAAUAUUAAUUCCCCUUUGACUAGUACUGAUGCUGGAUGCUCAGAAAACACUAUGGCUAAUGUCAGCAUCUAAACAUAGUCAUCAUACCUUUCACAUCAGCCAAGUCCGGUCUCGGUGCACCCAGAUGUUCUCUCAAUUUCAAUUAACCAGCACCAUCGAUAUGCAGUGUUUGUAUUUUUUUGUCUCAACAUGUUGAACUUCAUUGUAGGAGAGCCCUUGUUGUCAUUCCACAAAUGGGAUUUUAGACGUUGGUCUCCUUUAAGCACCUUGCGGGGCUUUGACUCUACAAUGUAAAAGCUCUUGUGAUGUUUCUUCAUUUGUGAAAGACAUCUGAAAAAGACUUCAUCUUCUCACACUAGAUAGAAAACAAUGAAGAUGAAUCUUUAGGAAUAAACAGCAGGUUUUGUCUUUAAAUCUGGCUUUUUGUUUUGUUUUGUUUUUGUUGAAGGAUUUAUUUGUACAAAUGUCAAUUCCAGUAUUCACUGCGCUUUUGUAACAUAAUGUAAAUUGUUAUUUGGACUAUUUAUUGUUAACAUUUCAGAAAGUGUUUGUUUAACUUAAUAUUAAGAUGACAUCUAAAAGGAAAAACCUGUUUAAAGUUUUCAGUUUGUAAAAGGUGUUUUUAUUCUGUGUAUAAAGAUAGUAAAAAAACACAACUUGUUUUCUGUGUUCAUUGUGGAAAUGGUUCAAAUUCAAAAUGUUUCUAUGUGGCCAUACUGAAUCUCUGUCCGCAAUAAAGAAAAUAGAUUCUCACCUGUCAGUAGAACACAUCUCCUUUUGAUUAAUUCUACACGAAUAUACAGGACAGAAAUACAAUACACCCCCCUGUAAUAGUGAUAAAACACUCACCGGCCUCAAAACAGGAAAUCAAACUGAUCACUAUCCAUUUUUUUCUCAACAGACAUGAGCAGUCUUUCCUUCCUCUGCAUGUUUUAAAAGCACUUUGUUUUGAGGGUGAUUUUCAGUGAUGUGUGCUGUGUGCCAUAUGGUAGAGAUGACCCAGAAAUAGCUUGUCAGGUGCUGCACCACAUCUCUAAGAAAGACAAAGAGUGCUUUUUCUAACCAAAGUAUGUGUGGUAGGUAGAUCAUCUGCCAAAACAUCUUUAUCAUCUUCAACUCUACUUUGGUUGGAUGUUGAUUGCAGUUUUUUUCUAAGCAGCAUAAAAUAUCUUGUGGUGUUCCACAAGGGAGUUGCUUGGGCUCGCUUUUAUUUUCAAUUUUCAUGAAUGAUUUACUAUAUGUUGUCAAAAUGCUGAUGACUCAACUUAGUUCUAUGCAUCACCAACACCAGUGGAGCUGAGAAAGGGUUACUAAAUGGGUACAAAUGAACAAAUCGGUACUGAGCAUUGCUAACUAAAUGUGAUUAGUCAUAGGAACAUUCAUGCUAACACCCCAGAGCUCAACUUACCAAAUUACUGGUUGUAAAUUAAAUCAAUUACUGACCAAAUUAUUUCGAGCAUAUGUUCCACUCUGUUAUGGAUAAUGUAGUUCAGUCACUUGUUCUGUUAUACCUGGAGUACAGCUCAGUUAUCUGCUGAAAAACAUCUAAAACAAACUAUAAAUCACACAGAACAGAGCAGGUAGAUUAGUUCUUCAUUGCUCUGUGUGUAAAUGUGUGUGAGAUGCAUAAGCUAAACUAAAAUGUAAUGUUUUAUUAUUCGUGCAAACUAAUACACCACGCUUUCUUUGUAAAAAGCUAAAGGUAUAUACUGUUUUUUGUCAUAGAUAUAUAACGACUGCAGUAGUACCAAGCAAGUCCAUCAUUGUAUGAUGAGAACUGGGAGUAUGCUCUCUACCAACAUUAG